AUGGGAAACUCGCCUCGUAAGGAAAAGCCAGAUAAGAGACAUGCAGAUGAAUCAGUACGUAACGCAUCACAUGCGAAGCACGUCAAGAUGGUUGGGUCAUCAUCGAAUCGACCUGACAGUAGCGAUGAUUUCGUGGACGUGCCCCCUCGUACACGUCGUGACGAAAAUGCAAUCACACGAAAGGGAAAGGGAAAAGAGGUGGUUACCCAUGAGUGUUCCGUCGAUCUUGAAUUGAACAACGAUCUUGUCGAACACAAAUCUGGUAGUGACAAUGAUGGUGCGUUCCCGUCUAUCAAUACCAGAUCUACAGUUGCAACAUUUGUGAAGGUUGUGUCUGGCCUGUCGGAUGUGAAAAGACAGGCAGUUCCUAACUGUGUGAUCGAUAACAAUGUUGGCAUGGAUGAUGCUGGGGUCGGUAUUAUACGAGAUGACGUUGUUGUGUCCGAGCAUCUUGAUGAUGGUGAAACGCGUAUAAAUUUGGCUGAUGUUCACUUUUUGUGCAGCUUCAGCCGACAGCCAACAUAUGGAUAUGGUAUAUGUGAUGUGUCGGUGAUUAUAUUCCUUUUUGUGGAUGCCUAUGCGACGAAAGCAAACGUUUGGUACAGAUCGAUUAUCGGUUUUGUGAAUGAUGAUCGGAAUUGA